AACUAAACAGACUAGACGACCACUUAAAAACGUCGUAUAAAACAGUUGUGACUUGUCAAUGGAGUGUUCUCUAGUAAAGAAUAACUUCAACCCAGCGAAUCGCUACCCUUUAAUAAUUGAAAACUAGAAUCUCAUUUCUAGUGGUAAAUUGAAGCUAAGAAUGAUUGAGAAGAAGAGGGUUCAAUUCCUCCUUGCCGUCAUCAUCAUCGCUCUUCUCAGCAUCACCGCCGAAAAAUGUAGGGAAGUGGUUGGCAAAGAGGCAGCAUCCAAAAGUGGGGAUUUUAACAUUUUGAACUGCUUAGAUGGGGGCACUGGAACCCUAGCUUGUGUUGUUAAGGAGGGUGUAAAGCUGUACUUUUACAAUAUAAGAAGUGCACACAUCGAGAAAGCUAAGAAUUUAGCAAUCGAAAAGGCUCUGGCUGAUGCCAUAUCCCAAGCAAAAACCAUCACAGCUAAGCAAAUCCAGUUAGAAGGUGCAAAAGCUGCCAAACUAGCAAAGCGACAAGCGAAUCGAAUUGUCGGCCCUAUCAUUUCAUCAGGAUGGGAUUUUUUUGAAGCAAUAUACUUGGGGGGUACGAUGACUGAAGCAGUCCUAAGGAGCAUGGGUACACUGUCUGGCACCUAUUAUGUUGGUUUUCUUGGGGAGGCGAGCUUUGGAAGGAUUGGGUAUUUUGUUGGAAGUGAACUGGGCAGUUGGGUGGGGGGAAGGGUUGGCCUUAUGCUUUAUGAUUUGGUGAAUGGGAUGGAGUACGUUCUUGAGGUUCUGCAUCUGAAAGAACCUCCUCCUCCUGAACGAUUAUAUGCUGCUGACCCCGAGGAGGAAAGUGUAGCCAGUGGUGCAGCGUCUUCAUUUGAAGUCAUCAAACAAGUAUACAAGACUGCAGCCAAAAUUCUUGAAAACUUCAACAACAAUGAAACUCCUCCCACUGAAGUGGCCUCCGAAGAGUCAACAGCCAGUGAAGAGUUAUAAAUGCACAUUUGUCGUUGUAGGGCUGCAGGCUGCUCUCUGUUGUCGUAUAUUAUUAUUUGGGAAAUGAUAUAUGUAGAGAGAUGGAUAGGGUAGGAUUCAGGGAAUGAUAAUAUAUCUCAGAUUUACCCCUGAGGCCCAAAGUGAAUACAUGAGGGUAACAUAAUUCAAAGGUAAAUUUGAUAUAGUCUUACAAUUCCCUGAACUAUUUCAUAACCUUUCCUUGAAAUGUAUCAUGGUCCUUAUUAUUUGGUACAGACACCAUUUAUGUUUCUUUUUUCUUUUCUCGUUGUUGCUUCAUGAAUGGAAGCUUCAACUUUUGUCCUAAGAAAUAACGGUUUCAGAAAAUAUAUUCAGUCUCACAUGAGACAUACCUUUAUAAGAAGGUGGCAUAUAUUACUCUAGUAAUACGAAAUACCACAGAAUACUAUUUAUUCUCAUUUCUCC